UUUUUCCUCUUUUUUUGUUUUCUCCUACCAAAACAAUAAUGCCUCGUUUCAGUAUUACAGCCCUUAUUGUAACUGUGCUUCUUGCACUUACAACCUUCAACUACGUUUCUGCCGCUGUUGGUCCUCUUAUCACCGAUAAAGUCUUUUUUGACAUUAAGCAAGGUGAUGAGGAUCUUGGUCGUAUUGUUAUUGGUUUGUACGGUAAGACCGUCCCUGAAACUGCCGAAAACUUCAAGAAGUUGGCUACUGGUGAAAAGGGUUUCGGUUACAAAGGUUCUGCUUUCCAUCGUGUCAUUGACAACUUCAUGAUUCAAGGUGGUGAUUUCACCAACGGUGAUGGUACUGGUGGAAAGUCCAUCUAUGGUGGCAAGUUCAAGGAUGAAAACUUCAAGUUGAGACACACUGGUCCCGGUGUUCUUUCUAUGGCUAACUCUGGUCCCAACUCCAACGGUUCUCAAUUCUUCAUUACCACUGUCAAGACUGCUUGGUUAGAUGGCAAGCACGUUGUUUUUGGUAAGGUUAUUGAAGGUAUGGAUGUCGUUAGCAAGAUCGAAAAGACUCCCAAGGGCUUCAGAGAUAGACCCAAGGUUGAAAUCGUCAUUGCUGAUUCUGGUGCUUUACCCGUUGAUGUUAUUGAACACGCUGAAUUGUAAAGCUAAACCUUGUAAAAUAAAAAUAAAAUGCUAUUUAGCACAUACACGCUUCUUAAA